ACAGAGAGCAAGCCGUCUGGGGAAGGGAGAGAGAGAGAGAGAGAGAGCGUGUAAGAGCGUAAGAGAGGAACACGGAACAUUCCAUUAAGGGAGAUAAGUGAAGCUAAUUUACAGCUUGAGAGACGGAAAAGAUCAAACAUUUGCUUUCUCCUUUCUAUCUCGUGUUUGCUUUCCCCCAUUACCCUUUCCCUUGUUUGUCCUAAACCUGUUCAGCUGAAAUCUUAACGUGAGGACGGACCAAGCAUGCCCACAAACGGAAUUAAUAAUGCCCUGAAGCUGCAGUUUGGCCUCAUCAACCACGAGAGUCGGUACUUGACGGCCGAGGCCUUUGGCUUCAAGGUGAACGCCUCGGCCACCAGCAUGAAGAAGAAACAGAUCUGGACCCUGGAGCAGGACGAGCAGGACAGCCAGGUGGUGUUCCUCCGCAGCCACCUAGGACGCUAUCUGGCCUCCGACAAGGAUGGGAAGAUCACCUGUGGAGUGGAGAAGCCUGACUCUGACUGCCGCUUCCUCAUUGUGCCCCAGUCUGAUGGACGGUGGGCCCUGCAGUCAGAAUCUUACCUGCGCUAUUUUGGUGGCUCGGCUGACUACCUGUCAUGCUUUGCCCAGGUCAUUGGUGAGACGGAGUUGUGGACCGUCCACCUGGCCCUCCACCCACAGGCCAGUUUGCUCAGUGUGGCACGUAAGCGCUAUGCCCACUUGUCUGCCUCAGAUGGAGAGAUUUCAGUGGACAGCAACAUUCCCUGGGGAGUGGACUCCCUGGUCACUCUGGUCUACACAGAUGGCAAGUACAGCCUGAAGACAUGUGACAGCCGCUUCCUCAAUAAUGAUGGUAAACUUGUGAAAGAGAACAUCCACACUACUAGCUUCACACUGGAGCUCAAAUCUGGUAAGCUGGCCUUCAAGGACUGUGACGGGAAGUACCUGAGCCCUAUAGGUCCCACUGGCACACUGCGCUCCGGCCGAUGCUCUAAGCCUGGAAAGGAUGAGCUGUUUGAUCUAGAGGAGAGUCAUCCACAAGUAGUGUUUCAAGCUGCUAAUAAAAGAUUUGUCUCCGUCAAGCAAGGGGUGAGUAUUUCAGCCAAUCAGGAUGUGGAGACGGACAUGGAGACCUUCCAGAUGGAGAUUGACAAGGAGAGCAAGAAGUGCAUGUUCAGAACCAAUGGUGGAUCCUAUUGGACUCUUGUGUCUCACGGGGAGAUCCAGUCCACCGCCACAGAAGUAGAGGUCAACACAAUGUUUGACAUUGAAUGGCGAGGCCAAAGGGUGACGCUCAAAGCGAGUAAUGGAAAAUAUGUGUGCACAAAGAAGAACGGGCAGCUCUCAGCAGUCAGUGAUAAUGCAGGUGAUGAUGAACUAUUCCUGAUGAAGCUCAUCAACCGCCCAAUGCUGAUCCUUCGUGGAGAGAAUGGCUUCGUGUGUCACCACAAGAACUCCAACACUUUGGACGCAAACCGAUCUGUCUAUGAUAUUUUUUCAUUGAUCUUCAAUGACGGCGCUUACCAUAUAAAAAGUGCAAGUGGAAAGUUCUGGUACAUCUCCAGCAGUGGCCUGGUGUGCUCCGAUGGAGAAAAGGCUGAGGACUUUUUCCUUGAGUUCCUGGAGCAUGGACGCAUUGGCAUCAAGGGCUCCAAUGGCAUGUACCUGCGUGGAGACCAGGGGGGCACGCUGAAGGGUGAUGGUACCACUGUUGAUGCAUCUGCCCUCUGGGAAUACUGAUCCCUCUUCAUUAGGGUCCUCAAAGGUAAGAGGCAACAGAGAUGUGGAGGACCCACUCUUACCAACGUUAACAUGAUGCAGACUGAUCGGGGAAUGUUUUCCCUGUUUGUAUCCUAGCUGCCAGGUGCCCAAUCCUCAAUUUUUUAUUGGGAAGAAGUGAAGACUUUAGGAAUGUAUUUGUGUGUAAGUGUGGGGGUGUGUGCUUUUUUUUUUUUUUUUUUCCAAAAUUUGUGUUAAAUGUUUUGUUCUUCAGAUGCCAACAUCAGAGAAUAAACACAAAAAUAUGUAAUGUUACUCUCACAUAUCACAUAUAAAGCAUAAGUACAUGGUGGCAGCCCCUUCUGUUUUAGGCACACAACUUUAUACAAUGCCAGUCCACUGGCGGUUAAACAUCUAAGGUUUAUUUCAACAGAGGAAUGCAAUAUACUCACUGAAAACAAUUAGCUUUAUGUGGUUUAGCUGACUAGCCCAUAGUCAAGUCUGUUCAACAGUACCUUACUCAUUUAACUGAUGUCAGCUGCCCCACAACUUUUCUUGUUUAUAACCUUUACAUGAUUUCAGUGAAUACUGAACGUUGCGGUGACUGCAAGCAAACAUAAUGCACCACUGUCCUCAAACACCGCUGAAGGCUGGUACCAAUGAUGUUUACAUGUAUCUCAACAUACCAUUUACAGCUUUAGUAUAAACACAAUGUGGGGCAAACAGACUGAAUCUUAUGCUGUCAUGAGGACCUCAGUGCUGCUGCAACACAUUUACUGCAUCUAAAAAAGGGCAAAAGUCAGUAUCAUUGCAAACGCUCAAAAAAUGCAUUUGAUAUACUGACAUAAAUACAUAGAUCACUAAUAUUCAUGAGCAACGGGUAUCAGUAGAAUUAUGUCAUAAAUCUACAUCAGAAAGAAGCAGGAAACCAAAAGGGGGAGCAGCUCCAUAUCUGAUGGAUUUUGAAGACAUCAUUGUUCAUGUACCAGGUGUGAACUCAGCAAGUGCUGCUCUGGUGUUCUGCCGAGGGGCCUUAAUCCACACUGCACUGUAAAUCUUUAGAUCCCCCUUUCUCAUGUCCAGGGUUGGGUGGCAAUAUGUAUUAUUUUGUUAUUUCGGUAUAUCUAUAUAUUUUAACUCCAAAUACUUGUUAUGAAUUACAGCAUUUG